UAACAUUGCAGGAGUUGCAUUUUUGAAGAAUGCACCCGAAGGAACAUAUGACGCAAUUAUAGUAGAUUCCUCAGAUCCAAUUGGUCCGGCACAAGAGCUAUUCGAGAAGCCAUUUUUUGAGUCAGUGGCGAAGGCUCUUCGGCCAGGGGGAGUUGUAUGCACUCAGGCCGAAAGCAUAUGGCUCCAUAUGCACAUUAUUGAGGACAUUGUAGCAAACUGUCGCCAGAUCUUCAAGGGCUCUGUCAAUUAUGCAUGGACAACUGUUCCUACAUACCCAAGUGGGGUGAUUGGUUUCAUGCUUUGCUCGACUGAGGGGCCUUCAGUUGAUUUUAAGCAUCCAGUAAAUCCAGUAGAUGCUGAUGAUAGUGACAGCAAAUCCAAAGGACCAUUAAAGUUUUACAACUCUGAGAUCCAUACAGCAGCAUUUUGUUUGCCAUCUUUUGCGAAGAAAGUGAUUGAUGCAAAAGCAAAAUGAAGGAAAAUUUUGAAGAGCAAUAGAGCAGAGUCAGGUGUGUUUUAGCUAAACCGUUCCAUUCAUGAACAAACUCUGAAAUAAAUUGAUAUGUUUAGUUUUCCCAGUAUGUUUUAUUUGGAGAAAGAGUAUGUACGAUGAUCGUUGAUGGAUCUAUAUAUAAAUUCAUGCCUUUCUCUUAUGGUAGGCAGUGACCUUUUUGUUAUAAUUGCUAUUUACCCUGAUCUAUACCCUCCCUGUUCUUCCCUCCUUUCAAAAUUUUUAUUAAAGAAUUGGUCAGAUCUGUGUUCAUGUUGA